AUGAACUGUUCAGGAAUAGUGUCAAAUUCUGAUGAGGGGGAAGAGGAAUCAGUAGCGAUAACAAAGGCGAACGUUCCCCGAGAAUCUGCCAGUGAUAACAGUUUUCACGUAAAUACCGGUCUUGUUAAAUGUGUGGUUGAGUUGAGAAUGAUAUUUCUAACUGUAACUUCGAAAAGAUUGUUGGAAUUUAAGUUUGAGGUUGAGAAUGAAGUUUAUCUCCAGGGGUGGGAGUGA